AUGAAGUCGCUACGUUUCCUCGCGUCCGAGACUUUUGUACAGAACGGGGCCGAACGGGACCUGUCUUGCGUGUCUUUUCACGCCUACCCGCACUUGUUGAAGGCUUGCUACCUGCACGAGCGUCCGGAGAUGCUGCGGGCGUUGGUGCGCACUUGGCCGCUGCCUGAACUCCACCUGGGAAGGCUCCUGGGGGAGACGCCAGACUGCCCGGACGAUCUCACCUCGCGCACGUGCAGGCUGUGUCUUACUGCGCUUUUCACUGGAUUGAAGGACUACGUGUUGUUCCCGCCGAGCACUUACGCCAAAACCCUUCACGUGGUGGACUUGACAUCCUUAAUGGACGUGGAGCGUCAGUCGUGCCCCUGCGGAACCACCUUGGGCCGCUGGGCUCGCACCGAUCUGCUCAGUCGGCUUUGCUACGAGACUGCGGCGGCCAUGCAGACGGACGCCAACAUACCCUUGUCGGCGUUCGGUGUGGCUUUGGAAGUCCGUCUGAACGGCUUCGUCACGGGGCGCAACUACGACGAGGUGACGCGGGCGUUGAUACUGGCGCGCCAUUCGCCUUUAAAGCUGCGUUUCAUCACAUUUCGGGCAGAUUCCCUCGCUCUCAAACAGCUAUUUUACGUUCUGCGGCUGGCCCGGCCGGAAGGUAUGAGCAAGCUGGAGGUGGUUCACAACAUCCCGCUGGAGGCUCCUCACCUGGAGGUGCUGCUCUCCAAGGUGGACUUCCCCAGACUGCGAUCCCUCACGCUGCCUACGGGGGCUCUGGACGUGAGGAGGUUGGGGGAGGACGACCAACAGCAAAUGGCCGUCAUCGGGGACUUGAUGGCCAAGCUCGGCAGCCUAAAAGAGCUAUCGGUGGGAUUCUCCGCGCUCACUGGACAUCUGAGGAAGCUGCUCAGCCCUUUACAGACCCCCCUUGAGAGUUUAGAACUGGCCAACUGCCGCCUGAGCGGCGUGGACAUGACUUACCUAGCCAAUAGCCUGCACAGCGAGUACCUAGUCCGCCUCGACUUGAGCGGACACCCCGUGCUGGACACCUUCUCCGCCCCCUUCCUCAAGCUCCUGGGCCGAUGCGCUUCCUCGUUGACCAUCCUAGUCUUGGAAGACUGCGGCUUGGAAGAUGCGUCCGCCCUGACCCACGCCCUGUCCUGUACUCGCGUGCUGGAGGAGCUCAAGCUGCUAGGAAACCCAUUGAGCGCGGCGGCUCAACGCGCGCUUGUGAACACAUUAGCAGCAGGGUUUCCCCAGUUGAGGUACGUGGAACUUCCGGUUCCUCGAGAAUGCUACCCCGAAGACGCCGCGUACCCGCUGGACGACUCAGCCCUGGUGCGGUACGAUGUGGCGCUAUUUCACGAAGUGAGGGAGCAGCUCCUUGGGAUCCUGGCGGGAGCAGGAAGAGCAGACGUGGAGGUGUGCACCCCACUCAUGGGCGCAUACGAUCCGGACAUUCAAGAGACCAACAACGAGCUCGGGGUGUCCAUGUUAAAAUCCUUUAACAGUGUCAUGGGGAACUUUAUAGACACUAUUACAGAAGUCAGUGAGAGGCGAGCGCACAAGAACUGA